GUCUUAUAUACCCAGUCAGUUCAUCCGCGAACAUGUACGCCAAUCUAUUUAGAAUUCAAAAAAUUGACCUUGCCCUCUCAAAGAUCCUUCAGUUCCCCUUUCUGGGUUUCGGAGGGGUGCCUCUUCGAACUUAGGGAUUCCGAAGUAGAUCGUUUCCAAACAACAACCUGUCAGUCUUAUUCUUCAGCCUGACAUUCCCCUCACCUUGUCCUUUUACGACAUGGCAAAAACAUCUUUGAUGAGACAGUGUUUUAUUACAAGACCAAAGACGCCCGACCCACACCAAGUAUCUAUAAGCUUUAAUUUGUCAGCUAUAUCGUUUCGAUAAAAUUAAUCGAGCCUAGAAUUGCUCACUCCGAGUUCAACUUUCUUUCCUAAAAUGCGUAAUGUGAACUUCACGAAGCCAAACGUGCACAAACUCUUUGUUCAUUGUUCAUUAAUUGCACGACGUAACGCUAAUAAAUGCAAAGUCUUUAACGAACGAAAUAAUCAGCUGGAUAAAACAAUUCGAAUGUUAUAGUUGGGACUGUGAUGCCAAAUCACCAGAUUGUGAUUGACGAAAUGUCUUUCCAAAAAGGAAUAGGGUGCCCAUUUCGGAUUUAAUCCCCUCCCCCCUUUUUGCGAAAAGAAAAAUGUUGACAAGAGAAAUUUUAGAAAACUUCGAUGACUAUAGGCGAUGUCCGCUGUCGCAAUAAUCUGUGUUCCUUAUACCGUACGUUCGUACUACUAAGGCAAAGACAGAAAAUUUAAAUACGAAGACCUUGAACCGAAACAUUGGCCUCACUUCCUAUAUGUUUUAUCAUGUACGCAUUUCGUGUGUAAUGGCCAGGAAUUUUUGAAUUAAUUAUUUCAUUCGUUAUUCCAGUCGUGUGUAAUUCCCAUUAUAAGAAUCGUAUGGGCUUAGGAAUCUUAACUCGUCAUCUCCGUGGCUGACAUUCUAACCGUCUGUCAUGUUCUAGGUUAUAGUUCCUUGAUGAUAGGUCCACGCCCUUCUUGUUAUAACGAUAGCAUCCAACAGACUUUGAACAUCGAGGCUCACCAAAGACAAAGUCUUUGUAGUUAUUCAUCCCCUUUCCCAUUCUUUUACAAUUACCUAUUUGAACCCGACCGAUUCGUCUAUAUAGAGCUAUUGUUUUAUUAAGUUUAAUGCAUACACAAAUUGUCUGAGUGAAACUAAAAGAAAAUUUUUAAACGUGUCGACACACGUAACGUUUAAUUUUUCAGUAUUUCAGUAAUUUAAGUUCAAGUCAAAGUUGAUCUUCCGGGAUGUUGUAUGUACGUGCAUUUAAGGCAACUUGUCCACCGUAACUUGUAGUGUAAUACGAAAGAAAUAAUUAAGAAAAUGUAGAAGCCAUUUUUCUUCGCAUUAGAAACGAAGACUUUAGUUGUAAAUAAAGAUGUCGGCAGCACUGCUGGAUUGCGAUAAAAGCGUGUAUUUGUCAUCACUGAUAUGAAGCGGAAUCAAAGUGUGGCGAGAUUGGAGGUGGAUCUGCUGGCUCGGAUAGAAACGAAAUUAAAAUACAUUUGAUGGGAAACUUACUUCAACAUGACCGUUGUUUUGCCUAGAUUGUCCACAACUGAAGAAAACAUCAACAGGAAGACAAUCCGAAAUGAAUUUGAAGUGACUCUUCGGCUGAGAGUCAAAGGGCCAAAAAAACGCCAAGUCACGAACACCGAUCUAUAUAGAGUUGCAUCUGUUGAAAUCGACCUUGUCUUUCCAAAUAUCUUCGUCUCCGAUCAACUGUUGGAGCCUCUAUACAUGCAAAACGUGGAGGUUCAGAAGUUGUCGAUCUCUAAAGGACAAGUGUUGUCUUAUCCGUACGUGCCGUGUCUUUCCUUUCACGUCACGACAAGAUAAGACAUUGUUUUAUUGCUGUCUGUCAUGUCAGGUGAGUCUUCAACCGACUUAACGACUUGAUUUAUUAGCUUCUUUUCAAGCAAUGCACCCGACGAACAAAUGAUUUCUCCUCGUCUACUUCGUAGUGCACUUGAAGCACAACGGACCGCAAUUAGCCGUUGCAUAAUGCGGACGUAAUUAAAAUGAAAAGAAUAACACCUGUUUAAUUCUAGGUUGAUAAUUAUAGUCCCGUCGGGAACACAUUAAAUCUAAAUAGCAAUAAUCAAAAGGGUCAGUCAAAAAUGAAUAUAAUUAUAAUAAAUUGGAAAUAGUGAGGAAUGCGAGCAGAGAUGAGUUCGGCUUACUUUUGGCUCCACCUAUCUAACUUGAACUUGGCCGACCACCGUCCGUUUACGUCUUUAUUCCAUGUCACCAUGAAAUGGCCAAGCGGCCGCGACGGGGGCGGAAGCGCGUCGAACAUCCGUAUAUUAUACGUAGAGGUUUAUCGAUUUUCUCCAGUCUUCCGCCUACUUAUAGUAAAGUACCCCAUUUUUCGCUAGACCAUCCAUAGCAGGCACUCCUCAAUCACAUCUGGUCGGGAUCAAGGCUUAUAUACCAUGUUAUUUCGGUCUGAAUCACGUUUAUACCAGGCUCGACUAAAAAUGCUUAUUUUCAUGGAACAGCAGACAAUUAAACGGAAAACUGAAAAAUGAACUUUGUGGCAAUUUCUUUCUUCUUUCAGAAAAGCAUAUCGUCCGUUAACAAUAAUUAAAAUGCGUAAUUAAAAAGCUUAGAAUUCAAAAACAACGUGGUGGGAGGUAGGGGCUACGGACUGUAUACGUCAGCACUAUUUCCCAUCUCACGUCACUUUGUUUCUGUAUAUUGGCAUCGCUUUUUUUGGCAUAAUUUGAGCCUGAUAUUAAUUUAAAAGAUUUAAAAAAAAUUGAUUUAUCGUAUUACAAUAAAACUAUAUUAUACAGCGUUUUUGUUUGGGUCUAAUACGCAAUUGUCCAAAAGAAAAUGGGUGAAACGAAGGUGAUUAUUUAACCAUUAUUUGAUGUUACGCUUGAGAAAAUUUAAAAUCUUACUCUUGAAUAAUAUGCGAAAUAGUCGUUAAUGAUUGAAAAUCAACUAUAACGGCAGACAUAUUAAUAUUAAUGUAGAAAUAACAAACAGCAAAGGUGGAAGUGAUGCUCACCAGAAAUCGUUUAAAGAUGGGUGUCCUUAUGACCGCAAGAAGAAAUGUUUAAUUUUUUAGGGGUAAUUAAAUAUGAUCUUUACCACCAUGGAGGGUAAGAAAUAUUUUCUCGAUUUGGAAAUCAAUGGUUAUAAUUUAAUUAUGAAAGUAGAUUCUGGAUGUCACGACUCGAUCAUCAAUAAGCGGACCUGGAAGGGACUUGGCCAACACUCGUUAACCAACAUCAACACCAUCAGGCGAUCGGCCACAGGGGCAGAAGUUGGUGUUAAAGGAGGAUUUAAUGCAAAAGUCCUAUUGGCUGGAAGAGAACAUCAUCUAUCACUUCUAGUGUCAGAAAAUGAGAUAACGCGGAAUCUGAUUGGACGGAGGUGGUUUCCAACUCUAAUGGAUAUCGAUUGGAAUAUCUUUUUCAAUCAUGAAACCAUAACUAUUCGAUCAAAUGUUCCCAUCCGCACAAAGAACAAGUUGAAAGCAUCUGCCAUGACGCAUAGAACUAAGCCGUUCCAUCUCAACGUUAGGAUAGAAACCAUCGAACUGCGCAUGAUGUUGGAUACCGGGGCAACGUCAUCGAUCAUCCAGCAAUCACUUUGGGGAGAGCUAGGUAGCCCUGCUUUGACUCCUACGACGCGAGUAAUGCGUGACACGUCAAAUAACAUCGUGGAACUGAUGGGAGAAUGCAACGUCAAGGUAGAGUAUAUGGGUCAAAGGGCAAAGCUUCCAUUGAUUGUAGCUAAUGACGAUCGUAUAGAAGCAGUUAUUGGAACUCGAUGGUUCUCACUCAUUUCUUUUGAUUUUAAUUCGAUAUUUAUCAACAUGGAGUUCCAGUUGACAGUGAAAUUCGUAGAGGAGACUAGGGAAAAGCAGCCCAUAAAGGAGAGGCAGAAAAUCGUUUUUUGAGUAGGAUGGUGGAGUCAUGGAGAAUUCUGUUAAUGUACAGAAAAGGAAAAAACUCGGCAUAUUUGUAUAUACAUUCUAAGCUGACUACUCUAUUUAUAGACCUACCCCGUGUUCCAGGACAUUGAGCGAAAAUUUACCGAAAAGAAAAAAAUUUUUUAAGCGUUUUCGUGAACAUACUUUUCCUGAACAGAUAGAACCUGGUGACAAUCAAGCAUUUGAAACGAACCCGUGGCACUACCAACGUGUGGCAAACUCUUGUGAAGAGGCCUGGGAAAUGGUUAUAGAAAAAAGCUGUAAUGAAUUAAAACAAAUUUUCGAACUUUUAGAAAUGGUAUGAAGUGUGAGAUUGUUUUGAAACUAUUACAAGCAUGCAGAUCCAACCAUACUUUUUAAAAGUGGGCGUAUUUGCCCUUGCGAGAUGAGUUAAUCGUCGCAAUACACAAAAAAGAAAAUGA